AUCAACUCAGGCAGCUCGAAGUUUGAUUCUUAGGUAUGGGUGAGAUGCUCUUUAGCUCUUUCAUUGAGCCGAGUUUCAGCUCAAUCGAAAUUGUCGAGUCGUGAAGGUUUCCUUAUUGUAUUGGACGACUGAACGACAUUUAACCACGCACAUUGUUAAACGUUCGUCGUUGAUUCUCGUAACUCCACGAUAUAGUGUACAAUUACGAGAUACUUUAGCCACUUGAGUAAAUUGCACGUAAUUUAGUUGGCUUACCAGAAUAAACUAUGUACCUACAUUGUUCAUGUGUUUCUUGGUUCUUGUUUUGUAUGUAACUACAUUUUAUAUUUCCUCGCGAAAACUUCGAAGCUUAUUGUACGUACAUUUUUUUAUCCAUAAUGAACUAUGUAGGUAUAGUUUCAUGAUUUCAAAAUUCGAUUCUAGUACCUAUCACGUAAUGUUAAAUCAAUUUGAACACGUGACAGUCGAGCCAUCGCUUUUCAUCUUCUUAGUCGUUUACGACUGGAUGAAAGGCUUAGAUACGAAUUUAUUUCUUCAAAAAUCCUGCCGAUUCAAUUCAACAUCCGAGCCAGACCUGAACACACAAUGCGACGAUGAAAGAAAAGGAAUCCUAUUCAUAACAGAAGUUGGCCUCAAGUACCAUCCUAUCGUAAUUUUCAUCAGUCUACUCGCUGCAAUAUUUGCUUCAUACUGGAGCGAUGAAGCUGGCCGAAGAAGAAGACCCCUGAUUUAUAUUUCCAUCCUAGGUCAAAUAUUUCACACACUGUUGGGUUGUCUGCAUUCGUACUUUUGGCAAUGGCAACCAAUGACAGCAGUUAUAUCGUUUGUGGUACUCGAAAGUCUGUAUGCAGGAGUCUGUAUAAUGAUAGUAGCUUGUCAAGUUUACGUUUGCGAUAUAUCUGACAAAGAAAAUCGUACUAUGCGACUUGGAAUCGUAGGAGCAAUCAGAUUACUCGCUUUAGUUCUAGGCAGAGGUGGAUCUGGAUUCGUUCUUCGUAGUUUUGGAUUCUUUUACGCAUAUUUCUUAUGUUUCGCUUUAUCAGCAAGUGGAUUAUUGUGCGGUUUAAUUUUUAUAAAAGAUACUUCGGUUCCUGUAGAUAAAAAGAUGUCUUUUUAUCGCGUUUUCAAUUUGAAACGUGUGAUAUUCGAUAGUUUUAAAGUUGUAUUUAAUGGGAAUUUAGGACGUAAAAGAGUUACAGUUUCGAUGCUGAUGAUUGCAAAUAUUGCAGUUGUUUUCACACUUUUUGGGGAACUAUCUGUAUUGUAUUCUUAUUUAAGAUACAGGUUCGGAUGGGAUGAACGAAAGUACAGCCAAUUCAUGUUUUUCAAACUUUCGGGAUCAUCGCUAGGAAUAUUAUUUUGCUCGGUUGUGUUGAGCAAAUGGUUGAAAAUUCACGAUGGAUUGAUAGGUAUCUUGGCCGGAUCUUUUGACACGAUUGCUAUUGUUGUUUUACUACUUGCUGAUCAAAUUUGGCAACUUUACUUGAUUCCAGUUAUAGAUAUAUUUCACGGAACUGCUAUGACGAUUGGUAUAUCGUUCAUAAGUAAAUAUUAUGAUAUUAAUGAAUUGGGUCGAUUGAACGCUGUCAGUGGUGUUUUUUCGUUGAUAAUUCCUCUAUCUUAUUUCGCUUAUAAUGCCAUUUUUCAAAGAACAUUGGAUGUGUAUCCGUCGGCAUUUUGUCUUCUGAGUAUUGCUCUCGAUGUAAUCAUCAUUUUGUGUUUUUGUGGGUCGUAUUAUUUCAGUAAAAAAUUUGACACAGAGAACUCUAUAAUCACGAAAUCUCCAAAUCAAGAAAUUUCAGUUGAAAAGUAAAUGAGCAAGGAGGUUACAUAGCAGUGUAAUUUUGACUAUGAGAUCGAUUAAUUUAAAUAAAUCAUCAUUCAUCUGCAAGCUUAAGUUGAGUUACUCGUACAAAUGCUCGAAAUCAGUUUAGUAAUGUCGAUGUAAAUAUGGGAAAUGAAUUUUAGCGUUUUAUUAAAACAUUUAGGUAUACAUGUUUUCAUCCGAAGAAAAUUCAACCAACGAGUUUCAAACAUUUUCAUGCAAGAAGUUGGAUUAGAAAAUUAGAUUGUGGUAAUAUUAUAAAAAUAAACAGUUCAAAACUAA